UAUUGCAGUGUGAGCAGGUGGAUGAAUGGUAACAUCAGAAUUCCGCUCUGAGGAUCACACAGGCUUUCAGAUACAGUAGCUGCUUACUUUCCUGCCUUUUAUAUCACAGCAGCACUGACUUGAAACAGAUGGCAAGUUUGCAAGUCAGGGAAUACAAGGUAUGUGUGAUCCAGCCAGUAUCUAAAUGUGGGUGUUCUUAAACUAUUUCCAAGAAGAGUUUGAUUCAUGGAAUGUACAAGUAGUAACGUAAAGGACCUAAAGAAGACAUAAGAAGCUGCAAUGUGAACAGAGGAAGAACUGAAAGUGAAUUUACAGUAGUAGAAGACAAGCACCCGCUUACAGUACCUCUCCUGGUGCUUUCAUACACAAUGAGCCCAGAAAACUGCUUGUUGUUGGACUUUGAAGGCGAUAACUUUGAUGUGCCCAGCUCAUGUUUUAACCAGACCUCAAACCACUCUGUGGAGGACUGGUUCUACCCAGGGGUCACCUAUGCCAUCGCCCCUAUAUAUGGGCUCAUCAUCCUCAUAGGUCUUAUUGGCAAUGUCACCCUGAUCAAGAUUUUCUGCACUGUCAAAUCCAUGAGAAAUGUUCCUAAUCUGUUCAUCUCCAGCCUGGCACUGGGAGAUCUGCUGUUGUUGGUGACUUGUGCCCCAGUGGAUGCCAGCAGGUACCUGGCAGAUAAGUGGCUGUUCGGCAGGGUAGGCUGCAAGCUUAUUCCUUACAUACAACUUACAUCUGUUGGGGUAUCAGUGUUCACACUGACUGCCCUCUCAGCUGACAGGUAUACCGCAAUAGUAAAGCCCAUGGAUAUUCAAGCCAACAAUGCUUUAACCAAGAUCUGCAUCAAAGCAGCACUCAUUUGGAUAUUGUCCAUGACCUUAGCAAUUCCGGAAGCUGUUUUCUCAGACUUGCACCCAUUCUAUGACAAAGAAUCUAACCAAACGUUUGUCAGCUGUGCUCCGUACCCACACUCUGAUGGAUUGCACCCGAGGAUUCAUUCAAUGACUUCCUUUUUAAUAUUCUAUGUCAUUCCCCUUUCUAUUAUUUCAGUAUAUUACUAUUUUAUUGCCAAAAAUUUAAUUCGGAGUGCAUACAACAUGCCGGUGGAAGGAAAUGUACAUGUCAGAAGACAGAUCGAAUCCCGAAAGCGACUUGCUAAAACAGUCUUGGUAUUUGUUGGACUCUUCGCAUUCUGCUGGCUACCCAACCAUGUAAUCUAUUUAUAUCGCUCCUACCAUUACUCAGAAGUGGACACUUCCGUUUUGCACUACAUCACCAGCAUCUGUGCUCGGGUGUUAGCUUUUACCAAUUCUUGCGUGAAUCCGUUUGCUCUGUAUUUGCUCAGCAAGAGUUUCAGGAAACAGUUCAACAACCAAUUGUUCUGCUGCAGGCCCAGACUCAUUGUGAGGUCUCAGAGCAUGGGAAGGAGUACCACCAGAAUGACCUCUCUGAAAAGCACUAAUCACUCCAUGGCCAGCUUCAGUCUGAUUAAUGGCAAGCAUAUCUGUCAUGAAGGCUGUGUAUAAAGUUGUUAUGUUUUAUAAUAGACAUUUGGAUACUUCCACUUGCUCUCUAUUUGAGUGUGUAAUUCCAUAUUUGUAAAUAGUACAGAUAGUAUUGUAAGAAACAGGGUGUUACAAUAGAAAUGGGGGUUAAGACAUGAUCACCAAAAGUUGGUGGAGGGGUUGGCAACACAUAGCCAUAUUUUUCAGAUGCCCCUGUUCUAAUGAGCAUGUUUGGUUUCUGGCACUAACCCAAUGAUGCACCAUUUGGGAUUUUUAUUUUUAUGAAGUAAACAGCUCAUCUGCCUGACUUUCAGACCAGCAGUGUAUGGAACAUCCAGAGAAUAUGGAUAAGUAUUACUGGCCCACACCCUAUAACCAUGGUAUGGGCUUGUGGUAACUAAGCUACUGACAAUAGAUUAUCACUCUCCAGCUAUAGGGGUCUCUUUACAUAGGGGUCUAUUCAUGAAGCAGUGAAAAGUGUGGAGAAGUGAGCCAGUGGAGAAGUUGCCCAUGGCAACCAAUCAGCAUUGAAAUAACAUUUAUCAUUUGCAUACUAUACAAUUGUACGGAGCAGCUGAUUGGUUGCCAUGGGCAUCUGCUCCACAGACUCACUUCUCCACACUUUUCACUGCUUCAUGAAUAGACCCCUAAGCCUUGUAUGGAGAUAAAGUGGACGAAGAUAAAGUACCAGUUAACCAGCUCCUAACUGUCCUUUUUCAAACACAGCCUGUAUCAUGGCAGUUAGGAGCUGAUUGGUUGGUACUUUAUCUCCAUACACUUUAUCUCCAUCCGAGGCUUAGUAAAUAGACACCAUAAUCUUUUAACAUUGGUUUUAUUUCAAUUAUGAAACAGGGAACCGGAGAGUUAAAUCUAUAAAUAUCACUACUUACUUUCUUCUGUCACAUUUAAAGACAACAUCAACAAGUACUUGUAAUAUUCCCAGUGGCAUCUUCAUUUACUAAAGGGGAGGUCCCCUCAGGAUAUAUUUUUGGUGGUCCUUUCUAUCCUUCAACAGCAGCAUGGUAGGUGCCCCUCUCUCAAGACCCAACCCUUUACCAUUUGAGGACCUUCAAAGUUAAAACUGUACAAGGAUUAAUGCUCAGGACAUAUAAUAAUGGUGGCUGGACCACCUUAUGAUAAUGCAAAGUGUGAUGUUUUUGGUGGAGGGGAUGAAGAGAGGGACCCCCGUACACAUCGUUGGUCUGAGAGGAGGGAGAGCCACCAUGUAAGAAACAGAUAAAGCUUUAUUAUUCAUAGAUCAUGUACCAUCAAGUUAUGUAAAGUGGUCAGAUAUUUAAAUAUGUAUUAAGAAGUAUUUAUUUUCUGCAUAAAGUUAUUAAGUUAUACAGAGUAUUGUUUACUGGUGCUGAUGCCCCUGUUUGAGCACUAAGGUAUCUUGGGAAAUAACAUUUGGAAGCAGCGUGAAUUAAUGAAUAUGAAUUAGAACAUGUAUCAAGUGGUAUUGUACAUUAACAAGGUAGGAAUAAAAUAAGCACAAAUGCCAUAUUUUUAAUAUAUAGUAAACUUAUGCAUGACACACAUAAAUAUAAAGAUAACGGUUGUUCAUUUAUGUGUCUUGAAUGUUAUAAUUAGCCCUGGAGAUAUUAAACAAUGGCAUGCAUACUAUUUUCAUAUUUAUGCACAGCAUGAUAUGAAAAUGCAUAUUGCCAAAAUGAAAGAAAACCACAAAGUUGAAUACCCUCAUUAUUGCAGAACUACAAGUCCCAGCCAAAGUUAUGUUUACACCAUAUUGAAAGACACAGAUUGUCAAGCUGUAUACAGCAUGUAGCUGAGAAUGAAUAUGUACAGUCUGCCUUAGUUCAUUAUCCUUAUGAAAAUUGAUUAAAAAGCUGAUUGCUUUUUUAAGAAAAUGCAAGUGAACCAGUUCCCAUAAAAAAUGUUUGUAAAUUUAGGAAACAGAGUAGAUAUGCAGGGUAAACUGUAAAUACCUCACAACCAAUGGUUUAUCUAUAAUGGGUACAUGUUGUGCAGUGUACAUGGGCCCCUGGGUCAAGGGGGCCCAGACUGCACAACCUAUACCUAGUUCUUGAAUACUUGCCCUUCCGGAGUGAGUCCCGCGUAGGCUACAGUCACGCUGCACAAGUGACCAGGAAAAUGGUGCAGUGGCCAUUUUCCCAGCAUUUCAUGCAUGAGCAGUAAGCAAAUCACUGGGAAAAUACAGUAGAUGCCAUGCCAUUUUCCUGGAGUCCUGCACAUGCACACUAGUUUCUGGUACAGCACUAGGGUGUCCUAGCGACCCUAGUGCACAGAAACUACUGUGGUGCUGUCAAGAGAGGAGGGUGCCCAGAUGGAGACUGCACAUGGGCCCCAGCCCCUUCUCCCAACUGUCCCGAUUUUGGCAGGAUAGUUGUGAACUGAUAGUAGCAGACUUGGGUAGAUCGAGGUGGAGCUAUUUUUGUACUUAUUUUGCACGUCUAAAAAUUGGUAGGUGUAUAAAUAUUUUUGCUUUUUAUAAAAAGAACAUAUUAGUAUAGGUUUUAAGGAGCAGUUGCUGAAAAUGUAUGCUUUUUAUUGUAAUUCAGAAAUGUGUAUGUGGACUUCUCAACUACACAAAGUGUAGGAUUUGAUUUUAUAGGCUGAACCAAUACUAGACCCAUUCUAUUCACAUAAUGUACCUUAUGUAUCACAGACACAAGAGACACACAGUAAAGCUGAAAUGCUAAAUAUGCAGUAGUUUAAUACAUUUCUAUUUCCACUAAUGCAUCUAAUUGCCAUCAUGGCACAUCCACACCUUACCUAUAGUACCAUAAUGUUUUUAGAGAUUCUUCUAUAAAAUGUCUCUGCAUACUUUUAAGAGUCUGCAGGUCUGGACGAAAGUAGGUCUGGAUGCAGUGGUCACUACAAAAUCAUUUUAUGGCCACUGCCUUUAAACUUUUUCUUUACCUACUAAAAUAGUAAUUGGUUCAACCUCAUUUAUGAUUAAUCUUGAGUGUGAUGGUGCAUAGAUACUAGACGAUAUAGUAAACAAUACAGCUAAUUUUUACCCUCCUGAGUGAUAUUGUUUACUAUAUUGCCCAGUGUGUAUGCUGUUGAUAACUGCCGAUGCGCGGCCCUGCAGGUCGUUAAUGACCCUCAGUGUCAGCCGUGCAUGCAGCUAUAUUUGGACUCAUCAUCCAAAACUGCAUGCACGGGCCGGCCGCGGCAUUACGUCACUGUGCGAUAUCGCAGGAGUGUGUAUGUCCACGUUGGGCGGCCCGGACUGGGAGGAGGACACGCUAGAUGAUGUCGCUCAUGGAGCUAAAUCGCCUAGUGUGUACGCACCUUAGAAUACAUUGUAUUCACUGUAUUCAGUAAUUUAUAUGUGUUUCAAUCUUUUUUUUUUUACUUAGAAAUACACCUACAAUUCCACCUUUCCUCACUGAAUUAGUCUCUCUCAUAGCACAGGGCAAAGCUAGGUUUCAACCAGCUUUUUUUUGUCUCAGUGAUUGCAAGUUCCUUGUGAAUUAAUACAGUAGGCUACAUUCACUUGUACAUUAUUUAAGAUCACUGUGUGUAGUUGAGAAGUCAAUUAUUUUGCUCCUUUUUGGCACUUUGUAAAUGCUCUAAUUUCAUAGUUCUGACAGGCUCUAAUGUCUCUGUUUUUAAUAUUGUCCAACUGCACAAAAUACAUUAUCUCUUUCUGUAUGACUUUUACAUAAUCUAUUCUUAUUGUCCUGGUUUUAUAUAUUAUAAUUCAUUAAAGAUGAGCAUUUAAAAUAUAUAAAAAAUUAUUAUUAGUGACUGUGGGGCAUACUGUAUGUAUCAACGCUUGGAGAGAGAUAAAGUGGAGAAAGAGAAAGUGCCAACCAACCGGGUGUGGUAUUGAAGGUCAACAGUAACUAGGUCGACAAUGUCUAGGUCGACCACUAUUGGUCGACAGUAACUAGGUCGACAGGGUGUCUUAGUCAACAGGGUCUUUAGGUCGACAUGUUCUAGGUCGACAGGUCAAAAGGUUGACAUGAGUUUUUUAUGUUAUUUUGGUGUCGUUUUCUUCGUAGAGUGACCGGGAACCCCAAUUAGUGCACCACAUCCCCUCGCAUGGCUCGCUUCGCUCACCAUGCUCCGGGCAUGGUGCCUUCGCUCCGCUACCACUUCGCUCGGCACAGAUUACCAUUCCAAUCGUAGUCCACGUGGAUCGUUAAGUAUGAAAAAAUUCAAAAAAAGAAAAAAUUGUGAAAAACUCAUGUCGACCUUUUGACCUGUUGACCUAGAACAUGUCGACCUAAAGACCCUGUCAACCUAGUUUAUGUCGACCAAUAGUGGUCGACCUAGACAUUGUCGACCUAGUUACUGUCGACUUAGAGACCGGAUCCCAACCAACCAGCUCUUAUAAUUUUUCAAACACAACCUGUAACAUGACAGUUAGGAGCUGAUUGUUUUCACUUUACUCCUCUCUUUACUGUAUUUCUCUGCAAGCUUUAAUACAUAAAACCCUAUAUCCUGUUUAAAGUCGUAGUGCACCAAUGCCUGCCUAAACCAUAAUAUAUGUGACACACAUCAAAUGUACCUUUCUAGCAGCAGUAUCCCUGUAAUUGAAUUUAAAACGUUGGCACCUACAAUAUGUAAUUUUUUUACAGGGGCAUGUGAAUAAACAUUGCAAUCUUUAAUUUCAAAUGACCAGUUUGUGUACAGCCUGCAUGCAUGCUGCAGGAUUAUAAAAAAUGUUCAUUUGUUGAUUGCUCUUCAGUUAGAUUAAUAUUUGUUUUUAUUCAGUUUGAUGAAAAAAGCUACACAUGUCCUCAAUAUCUGUUGUGUAAAAAAUAAAAAACCUGUUAAGUGA